UAUAAUAUGUACUUCAUUACCAAAAUCCACACGACGGGGUAAAUAAGUGUUGUGUAAAGGCAACAUUUUUAUAAGGAAGAGGAAGAGAAAGAGGGUGUUUGUGUUUGAGGUAUUUUGUAACCCUAUUUUGAGUAAGCAUGCUCCGUUCAUCGCUCCGCUCGUUUUCGACGUCGGCGAGGGCGUCACAGCAGCUGGAGAACCACAAGUUUCUCCCUCCGAACUCCUUCCUGGGAAGCUGGGAGGCGCCGCGGGACCCGAAGGAAGCGGAGGCGAAGCUGGCGAUGCUGAGAAGGGACUACGCGAAGCAAGUGAAGGAGGUUCGAAAGGAGUACAUAAGAGAGAUGGAAGCGAUGAAGAUCGAGAAGGAGCGCAAGGACGAGGCUCGCAGGGAAGCCCUCAGAAUUGCCAAUGAAGAGCGCAAGAAGCUCAAGGCUCAGGCAGCUCAGCUCAGAGCCCAAGAACGCGAUAUCGAACGACAACAGUUUCGACAAAUGUUGUUAAAAGAAAGAGCUGAGAAACUUGAAAACUGGAGGAUGAAAGUGAAAAUGCAUGAGGAGAAGAAAGGCGAGAAGAAAGAGUUAUUGCGCCGACAAAGUUCAACGUGGAUUGAUGAAGAGAAACUUGAGAAAAAAGUUUUGGAAUCUAUUGGAGCUCCACAAUUGUUUUGAGGUCUGUGAUAUCUUGUUAGUAGAAUUUAGUCCUAUGAAGCACCCUCAUUAAGAUAUUUCUUGCAUUUAUAGAAUUACAUUCUAGUUUUUACCCAAUGAUAUUUUGGGGAUAUUCAGUGUUUGGUUUUGGGAUAAAGUGUUUUACUCAGCAUUACAAUAUUAAAAUGCAUUGAUAUUGAAUCUA